UAUCGCCCAAUAGCGAGCUAUAUUUGUCGAACGCCAUGACAACGGUACGCACCUGUGCCGCAAAUAUUUGGUCAAUAUACUAAACUUUUCACGUAAACAAUUGACACGAGAACAAAAACAAUGAAUCAAGAAGCAAAGAAGAUAACAAAUAACUUAUACGGGAGAGUUACUGCUCCGGCCCUCGAAAAAUGUCGCGUAAACUUUUGCACGGAUUUAGAGAAAUCCGUUUUGAUGAGUAAUUUUGAGAGACGAGGCUGGAAUCAAGUCGGACCGGAUGACGAAUGGAACUUUUAUUGGGCUUCAACACAAACCUGUAGAAAUCUUUUCAGUGUCGAGAGUGGUUAUCGAAUGAAUGACAAUCAAAUGAUUAAUCACUUUCCGAACCAUUAUGAGCUUUCAAGAAAAGACUUGCUUGUGAAAAAUAUAAAAAGAUAUCGCAAGGAACUCGAAAGAGAAGGAAGUCCAUUAGCUGAGAAGGCAGAAGUUGUUCUGCAUGGAGGUCAAGUUGUUACGAGAUAUAUUCAUCUCGAUUUCGUACCUAUUACAUUUGUUCUUCCAGCGGACUACAAUAUGUUCGUUGAAGAGUAUCGUAAAUCUCCACAAAGCACUUGGAUUAUGAAGCCUUGUGGGAAGUCUCAAGGCACCGGUAUUUUCCUUAUAAACAAGUUAUCGAAGCUAAAAAAGUGGUCUCGUGAGGCGAAAACUCCUUUCCAUCCGCAGUUGAGCAAGGAAAGCUACGUGAUUUCUCGUUAUAUAGACAAUCCUUUGCUAAUAGGAGGAAAAAAGUUUGACCUUAGACUGUACGUGUUGGUAACUUCUUUCCGACCCCUAAAAGCUUAUCUCUUCCAACUCGGCUUUUGUAGGUUUUGCACAGUGAAAUACGAUACAAGUGUCACGGAAUUAGACAACAUGUAUGUCCACCUUACAAAUGUUAGUGUACAGAAACAUGGUGGUGACUAUAAUAGCAUACACGGUGGUAAAAUGAGUGUACAAAAUUUACGACUUUACUUGGAAGGUAGUCGGGGGAGGGUGGUUACGGAGAAGUUGUUUGCGGCUAUGCAAUGGUUAAUUGUGCAUUCACUAAAAGCUGUUGCUUCUGUAAUGGCGAAUGACCGACAUUGUUUUGAAUGUUACGGUUACGAUAUCAUUAUUGACAACCAGUUAAAGCCUUGGUUGGUAGAAGUCAAUGCUUCACCUUCGUUAACAUCAACAACAGUUAAUGACAGAAUAUUGAAGUAUAAGUUAAUAGACAAUAUUUUGUCAGUGGUUUUACCUCCCGAUGGUGUUCCAGAUGUGCGUUGGAAUAAAUUACCUUCACCAGAAUCUUUGGGAAGUUUCGAUUUACUUAUAGAUGAAGAACUUUUGGAGAAAGAUGAAUCUGUAGCUUCAAAUGGACGUGUCGGUAAAAAUAGCAAAAUGAGUAGAUAAAUAUGUCUACAAUAACGAAAAUAAAUACUAGAAAAUUCUAUGAUAAUGACACCGUCAAACUUAUAAUUCGAUAUAUCGAAGUUAUUUUAAAACUGUAUCAGUAAUACAAAACUAAUGUAUAAAUAUAAUUAAUAGCCUUUUAUAUUUUUAAUACAAGUAUUCUCCUCAUUUAUGCUUUGUGCUACUAUUUUUUAAUUAUCAUCGUGUUCUUUGACGUAUAAGGUGCAAUAAAGAUUUAAAUAAAUUAAUAAUAAUUUUGUUUGUAUUACUGCAAUAUAUUUCAUAAUUCAUAAAUAUAUUUAUCUAGGUAUGAUUUUAUUAAGGUAUAUAAUAUUAAAUACUAUAUUUGAAUGUAAAUUUUUUUGCAUAGUUUGCAGUGUUUAUACUUUUCCACAUAUUAACAUAGCCUGAAACGUCACUUCAAAAUGCAUCAAAAAGCCAGCUUGGGAGUUGUGCAUACCACAUAUUUGCAUUUUAAUGGCACCACAGAAAAAUAACGCCACCCAGCUAUUUUAUAUGCUAAGCAGCUGAACUUUGCGCCGAUUAAUGUUGCAUAAGUUUUAUCUAACGGAACUUGCCUUAAAAGUCCAUAAUUUGAGGGUUCAACAUUGCUGGCUACUAUUUAGCUACUCUAAUUUUAUAAUAACUAAAACCCUGAAUAUUUAAAUACCUGAUAUGAAUUACCCGAAUAUUUAAAUAAUUUAUUUAUGUAAAGAAAAUUACGUUGAUUUAGAGUGUAUUUUUAUAGAUAGACGAAAAAAUG